AAUCCCCCAAUCAAGAUGUGGCAACUGACAUGGACCUUCGCCGUGGCUUUCCUUCUGGUGGGUGGUGAGGCUAAACCCACCCAUCCCUUCAAUCACCACUUUAACCACUUCGAUCCUCAUCACCUGGGACAUUUUGAUGGUCAUCAUCUGAACCACCUGGAUUCCCUGCACGCUCUGCCGCACCACCUGGAUUAUGCGGUGCAGGAAACGGCUCUUCCUCUUCCUCCGCCGGCUCCUCUUCUUCCUGCGGUGGCUCCACCACCGGCUUUUGCUCCUCCACCACCGGUCUAUGGUCCUGCACCACUUUUACCCGCUCCUGCACCACUUUUACCCGCUCCUGCACCACUUUUACCCGCUCCUGCACCACUUUUACCUGCUCCUGCUCCUCUUUUACCUGCUCCUGCAUUCCUGCCAGCUGCUGCACCACUGCUGCCAGAGUUCCACGUGCCCAGUGUGACCCACCAAGUGCUGCCACCCGUCCUGGAGGCGGUGCCCUUUGCACCCACCUAUCGCGCCAUUCCCGGACCCAAGACCACCACCCACCGAGUGUCCAUCGGCUACGCCUUCCCCAAACUGCUGGCCGCGCCUCACGCCCACCUGAAAGCCCUGCCCCUGAAGUUCGCCCACCACCAUCAUCACUCGUUGUGGUGAUGAAUCCUCACGGAUUACGGAAUCCUCACCAAAGAGUCAUUAAAGUCAGCUAGAAAAUGUUAAAUGUUAAUAUACACGUACCUGCAUUACAACAUAAUUUAUCGAAUAAAUAUAGUACAAUAAAACGAAAAUUCAAGUGAA